UCUCAAUUACCUGUCCUAUAUAUUGGUUAAAUAAGCAGGAAGAUAUUAUUAAAUGAAAGGAUACAUUUGCUGAUACAGGGCAUAACACUUGAAAGAGUACAAUGCAGUAUUAAAAGUAAAUAGAAAUUGUAUAAAAUGGAGGGACACUGUGUUAAUAUAAUUAUAAUCAUUAAACGAACAUAGUGUACGUGUAAAAUUCUAGAUUUACAAUAUGGCUACUGACGGAAAUAAAUCGCAAAUGCUACGUGGCGGACAUGAAACUUUCUAUGAAUUUUCUUGUACGCUUUGUGAUGGUGAAGGAAAGCAUGUCGAAGCAGAUCGAUACUGUAAAGAAUGUCUCGUUUACAUGUGUUACUCAUGCGUGCAAAAUCACAACAGGUUUCCUUUGAACAAGAGACAUCUGAUGUUGAGUCAGAGCCGAUUUGUGGAAGUAGCUAACACAGCACCACUUGUGUCGUUUCCAACAAAAAGAUGUACUAAACAUCAUGGAGAACUUAUUAAUAUCUUUUGUGGAAACCAUAAUGUCGUCUGCUGUAGUGUAUGUAAAGCGUUAGAACACAAUUUGUGUGUUGAAACAAAGCAUCUACCAGAUGCCGCGAAAGGUAUACAGGUCAGUACAGAGUAUACAGAUAUCAAAAACGAAAUGGAAGCUUUUCUUUCUGAUGUCAACGCAGUACUUCUUGACCGAAAAACAGAUAUCAAACGCUUGGCCGAAGACAAGGAAAAGGUUAAACAAGUCAUCGGUGAUUUCCGUAAAAAGGUAGAUAAACACUUUGAAAAUCUUGAAAGAAAAGCGUUUGAUGUGAUGAGAGAGAAACAGAAAGAGCUUGUGAGUAACAUCGACCGAGAUGUAAGAUAUCUUAAUGGAAUGAAGACAGAAGCCGAGGAUACGUUAAAACAACUUGAAUCAUUCCAAAGUCAAAAUGAAAGUGAACUUUUUGUUUAUGUAAAAGAAGGCAAGCAGUUGUUGAAGAAUGGCAAAGAAAGGGUUCGUGAGAUUGCUAGAACACUGCACAAACAAACGAUUCAUUUCGAGGUGUCUUCAAAGAUUGAAGAAUACUUACAGUCACUAGAUACGCUUGGUUCAUUUUCAGGCUACACUUUGUCUGAGUAUUCUGUACCGCCGCCGCAGAUAUAUACAGAAAGUUAUUGCCAGACUGCACGAAAGUUUGGCCAAUUUAAUGUUAAAGAAACGUCAGACUUGGGUACAUGUUCCAUCCGUGACAUUUGUUUCUUACAUGAUAACAGUAUUCUUAUCACGGAUGACACCAACAUGAAGCUUAAAAGAUUAAAUCAAUCAUACGAAUUGAUUGACUCAGUAAAAUUACCCGAUGAUUGCUACUAUGUAUGUAGUGUUUGUCCCGGUAAGGCCGCAGUGUUUCCUAUGUUCUACGGAGAAGUUCAAUUUGUUUCAGUUGGAAAGAAAAUGACAUUGACAAAGUCAUUUUGUGUGAGAAAUGUUAGUGGAGGAAUUACUUGUAUUGAUGACAAAAUGUAUGUCUGUUGUGGAAGUGACGAGGAUCCUGAUACUGCCUGUGUAGAAGUAUAUACACACAAUGGGGAAUGGCUAUACUCCAUUCCACAGAAGCCACAGCAUUUACGUUCAGCUCCGAGAAGAAUCACAUCCAUCGACGACGGUCAUUAUCUCUUCGUAACAAGUUGCCAUAGCGAUAGCAUAACUACGUUAGAUCUAGCUGGUAAUGCCGUCAACACUUUCAGCCACGACAUGUUGGACUCACCAGAAGGAAUGUGUAGAAAUGACAAAGGACAAUUGUUUGUAUGUGACGGAAACAACAACACAAUUGUUCUCUUUUCACCCAAGCACCAGAAAAUAGAAGUGAUUUUGAAAGAAGCAGAUGGCAUUAAAGAUCCGCUGGGAAUUUGCUAUGACCAGGAACACUCAAGACUUCUUAUUGGGUGUCGUCACAAGGACGAACUAAUAGUCUUUAGUCUCUAAAUUUGUUGAUCUAAAUAUGAAUAUUCUUCACCACAAUGACAUGAGUUUGUUAACCAUGAUACAUAUGGACAUGCCAUCACUGAAACAAUGUUUGAUAUUGCAGAUAAAAGCUAGAAAUUUAAUAAAAUGAAAUAUAUAACU